GUUGGGUCUUCUCCAAGUUCUAAGCCCAGCCUGGGUACUCUAUAAAUGGAAAGCUGAAAAAAAAAGAAAAAAGAAAAGGAAAAUCGUUUUCCAUUUUCUGCGAAUUCAACUCGCUCAUAUCCGCCUAAAAAACCUUGGUUCGCUUCGCAGUAGCUCCCUCCCACUACGAUCGAUAAUGAGCUCAAUCAAUUGUACUGUACUGUACUUGUAAUAAUAUUCAGAAUCUUUUCAUUCUGAUUCCUAAAUUAGUUUCCGAUUCGUUGAGUUGAGCGAAAUUGCAUUUUUGAGUGACAAUCACCAUUUGUUAAUUAGACAGACAGAAAAGAAAAAGAAAUACUUAGUAGUUUUACCUGCAGAAGAUGAAACAACUUAGGUUAAUCUUAUUGUUCUCCCUCUUUUGUACGAUAUGGGCUGCUUUGAUCGGUAGAUCGGCUUCUGUUCCCUCCACAGACCUGCUUCUGCUUGGGAUUCCCCCCGAAGAUGAGAGUUAUUACAAGGCAUUAUCAUCGUCGGGGGCUAUCAAAUGCAAGGAUGGAUCCAAGAAAUUCACCAAAUCUCAGCUCAAUGACGACUUCUGCGACUGCCCUGACGGCACUGAUGAGCCCGGAACAUCGGCAUGCCCCAACGGAAAAUUUUAUUGCCGCAAUGCAGGCCAUGCUCCACUUUCUAUAUUUUCUUCUAAAGUCAGUGAUGGAAUAUGUGAUUGCUGUGAUGGAAGUGAUGAGUACGAUGGUAAAGUGAAGUGCUCAAAUACAUGUUGGGAGGCUGGAAAAGUUGCUCGGGAUAAGUUGAAGAAAAAGAUUGCGACUUAUCAGGAAGGAGUAACUUUGAGAAAGCACGAAAUUGAACAAGCAAAGCUAGCGUUAGCUAAAGACGAAGCAGAAUUAUCAAAGCUAAAAAAUGAGGAGAAAAUACUUAAAGGGCUGGUUCAACAGCUUAAGGAGCAUAAGGAAAAUAUAGAAAAAGCGGAGGAGAAAGAACGCUUACAGAAAGAAAAAGAAGAGAAUGAAAAGAAAGAAGCUGAGGAAGCUCACAGGGCGAAAAGUAAAGAUGUAGAGGAAGUAUCCAGUCAAGGAAAGCCUUUCGAAAGUACAAGCGACGAUCAUAUUGGGUUAUUGGAGGACUCUCCUUCAGACAAGGAACACUCCAUUGACCCUGUACAUGAGUUAGAAUCUGCUGAUAGUUCCGGAAAUGAUGACUUUCUGACGAAUGAAGUACAAGAGGGUGCUGCAAAGAAAGAGGAAGAUUCUUCGGUUGCGCAUGAAUCUGGUCCUGAUAUUAACGUUGAGGAAAAAGACGCAUCUGAAAAUGUUGAGGUGCUGUCAAAGGAAGAGUUAGGUCGUCUUGUUGCUUCCCGGUGGACUGGGGAAGUUGAUGCUGGGAACGAUGACAAACAUGAAAUCUCUGAGGACGCACCAAGUGAUGCACAUGAUGAGGAAUAUGAAGGAUAUGAUUCAGAAAGCGAGGAUGACAGCCAAAAAUACAAUGAGGAUGAUGAAGAAGAAGAAGAAGAAGACCAUGUGGAAGACUUUGAAGAGGAGAAGCAUGAUGAUUUCAGUUCUCUGGACAAAUCCACCUCAGAUGGCGAGUUAGAUGUGCCAGAUACAACAACCUCAAGUAGCCCAUCUUGGUUAGAGAAGAUCCAACAAACUGUGCGCAACAUUCUACAAGCUGUUAAUUUGUUCCAGACUCCCGUGGAUGUAUCAGAGGCAGCACGGGUACGCAAAGAAUAUGAUGAAUCCAGUUCCAAAUUGUCUAAGAUCCAAUCAAGAAUAUCUAGUUUGACAAAAAAGCUAAACCAGGAUUUUGGUCCAGACAAGGAGUUCUAUUCAUUCUACUCUAAAUGCUUUGAGAUCAAGCAGAAUAAGUACGUUUACAAAAUUUGCCCAUUCAAACAAACUUCCCAGGAGGAGGGCCACAGCACAACUCGCUUGGGCAACUGGGAUAAGUUCGAGGACUCAUACAAAACCAUGCUAUUUUCAAGUGGGGAUAAAUGCUGGAAUGGGCCUGAUAGAAGUUUAAAGGUCAGGUUAAGAUGUGGGUUGAAGAAUGAAGCGACUGAUGUGGAUGAACCAAGCCGUUGCGAAUAUGAGGCAUUGCUAUCAACCCCAGUUCUUUGUCUAGAAGAAAAGCUUAAGGAACUGCAAGAGAAACUGGACUUGAUGAACAAGCAGCAACCACAGGGUCAUGAUGAACUUUAAACAAUCCGCCUAAGUUUAGACAUAGCACUUGGCCGAUGAAGUUACCUUGCUUGUACGUUUUGUUUGGAGCUCGAUUAAUAUUGCGACUGUAGACUCUUCGCGAAAUGUGGGGUGAGACUUCCUGCUGGAAAAGAGAAGGAGAAAACGGUUAGUUGAGGCUUAGAAGCAAUUUCUCACUCAAAUGUGGGAUGGAAGUGGUUACAACUAGAAAACUUGACAAAACCUGAUUUUUCAAACUUUCAUCAUUUUUCUUCUUCUAUUCAACUAAGUAAGAAUACAGCAACCUCAUCCAAACGGCAGUUUCCCCCUAAUACCCCGGGACUGUAAUUUUCGUUCCAUUGAUCCACAUUUGGAGUUGGUUCAGAUGGUGAUGAAUCACCAGGUUUGGGGUUUGCAUCUCAAAAGGGGGCAAAGACAUUUAUGAGUUCCUUGUGGAUUUGUAGGUAUAUUUUGUCUUUAUCAUGUUUGGAUUGAUCUCCCAAUGAUAAUUGCGAACUGCCAGAUUGAUAA